GUGAUUUUUAUUAACCUGUCAUCUAUUGGAUAUUUUGGUCCAAUCAAGAACGUCGUGACAUAUAUUCUUUAAGAUGGCGGGAAAAAUGUAAACAAAAAUGCUGGCAGAGAAAGCGCUUGACCUGUUACGAGAACUGCAGAGAACGUUGGAUGGGUCCUUACCACCAUACAAUGAAGAUGGCAUCCGACAAAUUUUGGAAGAAAUGAAGGCAUUAUUUGAACAGAACCAAAAAGAUGUGAGUGCAACUGUUGCUGGUGAAAACGGUCUUUUUUCUGGUGUUCAGCUGAGACAUUCUGCUUUGGAGCGUAACAAAAGAUGUCUCCUGGCUUACUUGUACAAUCGGUUGGAACAAAUAAAGAAAAUGAGGUGGGAAUUCGGAAGUGUUCUUCCACCAGAGGUCAAAUUCAACAUGUGUGAACAAGAGGUGCAGUGGUUUAGCAAGUACAACAAGAUGCUUGCCAAUUAUAUGAGGUCCAUUGGAGGGGAGGGAGGCCUUGACCUCACACAAGAUCUAAAGCCUCCCAAAACACUAUAUAUAGAGGUUAGAUGCUUGAUGGACCAUGGGGAAUUCGAAACACAAGAUGGAAAUAUUCUCUUAUUGAAGAAAAACAGCCAGCAUUUCAUGUUGAGAUCGGAAUGUGAACAUUUGAUUCGUCAGGGAAUACUUGAACACAUUGUCCACUGAAGUUAAUUUAUGUGAUUGCUGACCUGAGGAAGUCUCAACAGUACCUGUACAUUUAGCAAAUUGAUUUCCAAAGCUGAACAAUUCAACUUCAUAAAAUGUACAUUUUGGAUACACUACCAAUCAUCAAUGCAACCUAGCAAUUGAUACCAACUAUAUUGCUGCUUUCUGGAAUGGUUUUUCUUACCUGUAAUGGACAAAAAAAACUUCUACACCAUUUUUUCACCUUUGUGUAGUAAUCCAAGCAGUAUCAAGUGCUAUAUGUAUUUUAUUUCUGUGCAUGUUGGAUAGUACAAAUCCACAUCCUUACUUGAGCUUGGUCAUCUGUGAUAUCAUUCAGUAAAAAUGUCGCUUAAACAUUGCAUAUGCUAUCAGUUCCUUGAAAUAAAGAGUUGGAAUUACCUGCAACUUGUAUUUGUAUACUUGCAAUUCAGUGUAUAGAGUGAAUGAAUAUGGAUUAAAAAUGUGUAUAGAGAAUUUCUAAUCAUUCCCCAUGCCAGAUCUUUCUUGUUGGAUAACUACCUCUAUCGCCAAAUCAGAGAGGAGGACAAAUGAAAAUUUGAUGUAUUUAGCAAAAUAGCAACAGAUUUAAAAUAUCAAACUUAAAACUUUCCCAGAUUUCAUGAAAUGAAACCUAUGUAUUUACAAGGACACUGUUAACUUUGUUAGCUUAUUGUUCUAUACAUUAUUUUAUCUAGGGAGAUGAGAAUUACAAAUGGGACACUUGGCUAACAAAUAUGGGACACUGUUAGACUAUGUUCUUUGUAAAUCAAGAUAACCAAGAGGAGUUUAAUGUGACAUGAUUAUUUAAUAGGGUAAAAGUAGGUACAUUUACACAAGUAUUCACUGUUGGAGUAAGCCUCUGGAAAUCAUUUCACUGUAAAUACAUGUUCAUAACUCCUUAGUGUUUGGAAGAUAACACUGAACUAAAAACAUUCAUAUUGGAAUUUUACAAAAGAAAAGCCUUCAAAAAAAGAUAUUCAAAACUACAAUUUUUUUAAAUAUAAUAUAAACUUCAAUCUGAUGGUUGAAUAUGAAAAACACUGGGUUUUUUUUUUUUCAUUUUUGAAAUAAUACGUGUAAAACAUGAAAUCAACAAACCCAUAAAAUCAUAAUAAUCUGUUUACUUUCACAAUGGCUUACCCAGAGAAUAGAAUCUACUGUUGAGAAAAAGAUAAGUGUUCUAUGCAUCACAUGUAAUUUGGCUUUCAGAUGCAUGCUUUGAAUAAAAGGUGAAAUUCACUUCAAACAAACAAAUUAUUGGCAAAGAAGGAUAUUCAACAAUCAAACAAAGUUUUGAAAAAUAUAAUCAUGUAUGCAUUUAAUAAUUAUUGGCUUUGAACAACGGUGACUGACAAAAAGUAAGAACAUUGUAUUAAAAUGCCUACACCUUAAACAUUUCUGGAAAACUUAGUACCGGCAACCAGAAUUGUUGAAUCUUGCACUACAGCAAAUAACCCAAGCCGAACAAACAAACCCUCUGAAGAUUUGAAGUAACCAGAUAGAGAUGGAGAUCCUAUAGACCUUCUAAAGUCAAAGCCCAAUAUUGUGACAGUAUACUUUACAGUCAUGGAAUUUACAGGUUAAUACAUGUAUAUGUGUCUUUACCAUUUUUCAUUUUU